AAAAGAUGAGCAGCACUGCAGCUGAGAAGACCAUAAUGGACUUUACUGACUUACUUCACAAAUACACAGGGGAGAAUGAUAAGAUAGACAAGCAAAACUUUUUGAAGAUGUUGAUGGAGAAUUUCCCCAAUUUCCUGAGAGCCUGUGAAGAAAAGGGUGAAGAUUACUUGGCCCAUGCCCUUGAGAGAAAGGACAAGAAUAAGGAUCGGAAGAUUGAGUUUUGUGAGUUCCUCUCCUUGCUGGGGGCUACAGGCACAGACUACCACAAGCAGAGCCACGGGGCAUCACCUUGUACUGGGGAAACCAGUGAUCGACGUUCACUGUGUCUGGAGACCCCAAGACACAAUAAAUAA